UCUGACACUCACCAGGAUACCCUCUCUCGAUGCCACGAAACCGUUCUUCUUUCGAUCCAUUUUGUUAAACAAUCAGCGCGACACUGUCGUUGACAGUCGACCUACGACAUUAUUCACCUUUUUCUUCGUGCAUUUUCCCACCUCGUGGCCGGGUGACGCCGAGGCUGCAGGGGCUUUCUGUGUGCAGAAAACAAAAAAAGCAGGGAAGAUAUCGCGAGAGUUUGGCGUAGCUGGCGGUGGGUUGCAGCAGACAGAGGGAGAAGGCAGGCAGCAUCAUGGCGGACAGAGACAGUGGAAGUGAGCAGGGUGGAGCGGCAGCGGGCCCGGGCAUCGGUUCCAUGCACCUAGCGACCGGAGGGGCGGGCUCGGCGUCUGGACUGCAGCAUGAGACACAAGAGCUGGCGUCGAAGCGAGUUGACAUACAGAACAAACGCUUCUAUUUGGACGUAAAGCAGAACGCAAAAGGCCGCUUCUUAAAGAUAGCAGAAGUCGGGGCCGGAGGAAACAAGAGCCGCCUCACUCUCUCCAUGUCCGUGGCGGUCGAGUUCCGCGACUACUUGGGGGACUUUAUCGAACACUAUGCCCAGUUGGGUCCGAGUAACCCAGAUAUGGUGCAAGAUGAGCCCAGACGAGCACUCAAGAGUGAAUUCCUGGUCCGGGAAAAUCGUAAAUACUACAUGGAUCUGAAAGAGAACCAGAGAGGACGGUUUCUGAGGAUCCGACAGACCGUUAAUCGGGGCCCCGGUUUGGGAUCUACACAAGGCCAGACUAUUGCUUUGCCAGCCCAGGGACUUAUCGAGUUUCGUGACGCUUUGGCUAAACUUAUUGACGAUUACGGUGUGGAGGACGAGCCUGCAGAGUUGCCAGAAGGGUCAUCUCUUACUGUGGACAACAAACGCUUUUUCUUCGACGUCGGAUCCAAUAAGUACGGGGUGUUCAUGAGAGUAAGCGAGGUAAAGCCAACGUACCGUAACUCAAUCACGGUGCCCUACAAAGUGUGGUCCAAAUUUGGGAAUACUUUUUGUAAAUAUGCCGAGGAGAUGAAGAAGAUCCAGGAGAAACAGCGGGAGAAAAGGGCAUGUGAGCUGCAGCAACAAGAGAUGCAUGCAGAUGAUGGAGAAGAGGAUUGAUAUUGAUAUAUAUAUAUUAUAAAUAUAUAAAUAUAUACACAGCAAAACAUGCAAAAAAUAAUCCGAAUAACAAAAGAGAAAAUACUUAAACUCUACUGUAUAAAGAAAGAAAUGUUAAGAUUUAACUGUUAUGGUUUAACUCCAAGGGAGCAACGCCCACAAUAUAAGAAACCAACUCAAACCAACCGUUCUGACACGUUAUCACCCAUCGCUGGAUGUUAUCCCACUUACCCACCAUUAAUACAGUAACAGGCUGCUAAACAAAGUAAUAACAUUAUAUUUGAACAUUGUUUCCUACUUGACGACAAACUAUAUUGAAGUGGUUUCUUUCCCCUAUUAACAGAGAACUUUUGUACAAGUCAAAGCUAUUAUAAAGUGUUUGCAUUGUUCAUUGAAAUUGUUGCCGAGUUGUAAGAGAAAAUAAUGUCCUUUUCAUGUGAGCUAUUGUCUUCAGCACAAAUCAGAUCAAACCGAAAGUUUGUUUAAGGUUGUCAUAAUGAACUUGCCAUCCAGAUUACCUUUACAUAGAGAAGUGUUUACACCUGAUUCACAUGAGGGCUAGACCUGGUUUGAAACUGGUUUAGGUGUCAUGCAGUAUAAAAAAAACAUUUAUAUAUCUAUAUCUAUAGAUAUAGAUAGAUAUAGAUAGAUAUAUACAGGCAUUUUUCAUCAAAUGAAAAUUUGUGCUCUAUCUCCUGUGCAAUAUGCAUUGCACCAAAUCCGUUUUUUUGUUGUACUGGUCAAUGGACAAGAAGACAUUUUCCAGAGGCAUUCAAAGAGACAUGAAUAGUGUAUCUUUUGUUUUCAAUUGAAGUUGUUGCCACGCGGAUGGGUUAUACUAUAGGCUACCGUUGUGUGUCGUCGUUAUGCAAUGUGUUUGUUUUUAAAGGUACUCAACAUGUAUUUUGAUAGAGGAUGUGCAGUAGCAACAUGUAGCAAAUGGCCUGAUAGCGUAUUUUAAGAAGAGCACUUAAAAGAGGACAAGCACGUAAAAAUAACACGUCGGUAGUGGAUUGGCUUAGGUGUGUCGUCCGAACAUACGGACAAAAAACAAGCAUAGCAUUAUUGGUCAGAAAUAUUAACCAUGCAAAGUCACACAAUCAACAUAGUGCCAAGGAGUCCUAUUGCUGCAUGUUUAACUGCACAAAAGCUAGAUCGAUGUUGGUCUCCCGAAUUACUGGCUCAAGAGUCCCCCUCUACGGCGAGGGUUUAUCUAUGUAUAGUCCACUGAUCUUGCAUAUUGAGUGAAUUUUCCAUUCAAAAGGCAUUGUGUAGGUGUUGUGAAAUAGGUUUGAAAGCAUGAUUGUACCUUGACAUCAGACCUGUAUCAUCAUAAUAUCACCUUCACACUAUGAGGACGGACGCCAAUUGAAAAACAGAAAAUGGGCCAAUGGGAGAAUCGGAUGUCAGAAGCAGUCGUCCAGACUCCUUUGGGUGUCAGAAACAGACGGUCCAUCCCCCCUGCAAUUUAAGGAGCUAUGUUUUGGGAGACAUACUCUGCUCAAUAGUAUUACUAAAUUGGGUUAGCCCAGAUAUUUACCCUGGACAUUAUGGUCCCUUGUUUUGGUCUUAAUUGGAGAUACUUGGGACUGUCUACAACUGGAAGUAAUCCGGUUGCAUCUCAUAGAUGUGUUAGCGGUUUUAUAAACGCGCCGCCAGCUAUAGCUUGGUGUUUAGACUGGCAACAAUCAGAUAAUUUCAAGAGUUACCUCAGCAUUCAUUUUAAACACUUGCUCCCCCAUGUUUUUUCGAUUUGACUGGAAACCAGCGGACUAGACUUAAGUCCUUGACCACCCUGUUUUCUUGGGAGCCUCAGCUUUCUUUUAGUCCCCUUUAACUCUUGACCUGACUGGGGAGUGCCCUCUUCACCAUGAAGACGACCUGGUGCCUUACACACAUGCUUACACCCCGGCCCGGCGCUCUGGAUCGCAUUGGGGGCUUCUCGUUCUCAUAGCUUAUUCUUUUACUAUCCUUAAGUACAUAUUCUUUUCAUUUUUUAGGUGGCUCAGUCCCCUAGUGCACUAUUGCACUUCUCGUGGUGCUACUUGAGUUCAACGUGGACUCUUUAGUAAAAAAGCUAUAGGAGCAGAAUUCUAUGCUUUUUCUGCUUCCUUCCUUCCUACCUUCCUAUUUUAGUUCCUUUCAUCCUUCCUUUCUCCUAUCUUCCGACCCUUGUUACCUUCCCCAUAGCCAUACAGUUCCUUUCUUCAUAAUUCAGUUCCUUUCUCACUCCUUCAGUUCCUUCCUUCCUUCCUAUCGUCUCACUUUGUUCCAGUUCUCAGAGCCAUCCAGGUAUCGGCCCAGAGUUAAACAUGAAGGUGAGGGUCACCAUAGCUGAGAGAUGAGGAAGAGCAGCUCGGAGCAUUUCCAAAGGGGUAUCGGGGACGCUUGACGGACGUGUUCAGGCCAGGGGUUCAGACCCCUCUCCGGGAGACCUCCAUGAUGAAAUACUUUGUUGUCCGACCUGGGUACUAACAGGAUAGUCGCUAAACUAAUGGGGGAAUAGCAAGCAUGUCUUUUCAUUGUUCAUUUGGAUUUAAUUCAUUUUCAUUAUGAAUUGUUUUACCUUUGCAGCGUUAUCAUCCCACAUUAUUUGUAUUUUUGGAAUGUUUGUGCCCACUUUAAAAAAAAAAAAGUUUUUUUUUUUUUUCUUCUGUGCAACAUUUCAUCACUGUGUGCAAUAUCGUAUGUGCCAAUGGUGGCAAUAUAUGUAUAUCAAUUAAAUAUAUGAUUACUAUUUGAACGCAUGUGGCUGAAUUCCAUGUUUAUUUAUCUGUUGGAGUUUAGCCUUUUAUUUGCACUUGGAGCGCUCCGUCUGGGAGAGAACCAUUGAGUUCAACUAGUUUUGGGACAGCACCAUCCGCCUCAAUACGCUGUUAGUAUUUCAACUUGAUACAGGGCCACGUCCUCAUUGGCACGUUGAGCCACCUCUGAUACCUCUGUACAGGAGCCAGGGGGGAAGUGUUGGUUUAUUUGGUUGUAUUCACGAGAUCAAGAGCCUAUUCCCUCGUCUGGGUGAAGAUUGAAACUCCAUAUACAGUGACAUUUCCUUGUUUUGUUUUUUUAGAUCUAAUGUGAUGGUGCUCUGGUCCAUUCCUUAUGAAGGAGAAAGGUGUACUGAUCAUCGCUGAGUGUAGCACUUUUUGCUUUUCCAGGUUUAAUGAGAUGCCUGACCAAUACUUGUUUUAAAAAAAUAAUCGCUACAAAGAAUGUCAUUCUCUCUUAUUAUUUUGUCGCCUUUUUAAUAGAAUAUAUUUGAUUUUACUCAUUUGGUUCAAAUGCAUUAAAUAUAAUUUAUGUACAUUUUGCAAAUUUUAAAAAUAAAACUAAUUUGCCCAUAUCUGGUGGGGAAAAUUGCAUUAAACUUGUAUGUGACUUAUUUUCUUGAAAGAGCUGGGUUGUGAAGACAUCGUAGGUAGAGACAUUUCCCCUGGAUAUUCACUUCUGGGGUUUAUCUGGGCUGGUAAUUCGAAUCGGACAAAACAAAAAAGUUAAAAUAAUAUUAAAACUACAACCCAUUUGUGUUUGAACCCUGUCAGAAGUACUUUUGGAUCCCUCAGACAGAUAAUGGAUCCACGUACCCACAGAUAAUGCCACAUUAUUUUGGGCGCUGUGAUUAAUAGGCUACCUUAAAUACACUGCUGACGGGUAAACCUAGAAUAAUAAUCACAGUAUUGAAAAUAGUGCCCGUUUAUAAUUGUAGAAUGUUUGUAGAGCAAACUACAAUUUAGUUAUGUGGUUACUGGCACUCCUUUUAAAAGCUAUAUAUUGGAACACACUGGGCCUCUUUGGAAUGUAAAUAAGAGUGUAUUCCCUUCCCUUGACCAGGAGCUAGUGUCACGCUGCAAGUCAAUCGAAGCGGCUUACGCAAAGCAAAUAAGCAAGUAAACUCCCUUUCUAGUAGCACAACUAUGAAUUUCAAUUUAACAACUCGUCUGAAUUUGACUGAAACAGGCAAUGCAGAUUUACAGAUAUCUCGGACUCUGUGUGUCCCUUUAGUUGUGACUUAAUGGGUAGGUCAAGACUUUUAAGGACCUGCAGACACCGUGUCUCGUGUCUACAUCUCUUUCCCUUCCUCAUGGUCUCUUUCCUCUGCUGUCUGUCUCUCGGUCCCUCCCAUUCCGCUCCUGAAAAUGCUUUCAAAAACAAUUUUCUAUUCACAGUGUGAACA